AUGGAAACAUCAAGUAAGAUUUCAAAGAACCCUCUUUCUGGUUUAGGACUUGAAUGUGAUUUGGGUAAUGAGUUGAUGCAAUUGCAUGUUUUUGGUUGCAAAACAGUUAUACGUGGUGCAAUUAUUGACCUGAGCAUGAAGGGGUCUGGUAAGAUGGACAGGGGUCUAGAGACAUCAAAUGGUGGUUGUAGUGAUUCAGGGUGUCUGGGUGGUUGUGAAAGGUCGAGUCAUAGGGCACCGACAACAGAGACUGGGCAUAUGUCGGUCCAACAUAUGGUUAGUCAAAGCAGUGAUGAUAAUGAUGUUGACAUGAUUGCACCGAGGAAAGAAGAUGUUAUGGGAAAAGAGUUUAAAACGAUAGAAUUAGCAGAAGAAUAUUAUAUGAGUUAUGCAAAGGGCAUUGGAUUUAGCGUGAGAAAAGACAAAUUGGGGCGAAAUGCGGAAGGGAAAAUAUGUAGGAGACGGUGGUGUUGUUCUAAAGAAGGUUUGAGAAAUGAGAAGUUUAAUGAUCGAUCAGAUAGGAUUCGACCACCAAAGACAAUUACAAGAGAGAAUUGUUCUGCCCAUUUUUGGGUGGGUUAUGAGAAGAAACGUGACGUUUACGUCGUUACAAAUUUUGAACCACAUCACAAUCAUCAACUAGUUACUCCACUUGAAUCACCAUAUCUCCGAUGUAACCGUGUUGUUCGAAAUUCUGAUUUAGCACAAGCAGUGGGAAUGCGAAGAGCAUUGGUUAGAACAUGUCAAACAUAUGAGUAUAUGGUCGACCAAUGUGGCGGGUAUUUAAAUGUUGGUUUUCAAAUAAAGGAUUUGUACAAUAAGUUGGAUGCAUCACGGAGGGAAAUUUUGCUCGACGGUGACACAGAAGCUGCACUAUCUUACUUGAAAGCGAAAGGAGAAAUGGAUCCAGAAUUCUUUUGUAAGUUCAGUGUUGACGAGGAAAAUAGGCUUGGUAAUUUGUUUUGGAGGGACUCCACUUCCCUUUUGGAUUACAUUGCCUACGGGGACGUCCUCAUAUUUGACAGCACGUACAAAACAAAUGUUUAUGACAAGCCCCUAGUGUUGUUUGUUGGUUCGAACAACUACCGUUCUACUGUAAUGUUUGGUUGUGCAUUAUUGCAGGACGAGACAUUUGAAACUUACAAGUGGUUAUUGGAAACAUUCAUGGCAUCCAUGAAAGAUAAGAAGCCAAUAUCAAUAUUGACGGAUGGCGAUGAGGCAAUGCGUAAAGCCAUUGAUGAUGUGUUUCCCAUGUCUAACCAUCGGUUGUGCUCAUGGCAUGUGUCAAGGAAUGCACAAAAUAACUUGAAGGAUGAUGAAUUGGUAAGAAAUUUUCAGGCAUGUAUUUGGGAACCAUUUGCAUUGGACGAGUUUGAGAAGAAAUGGGAGGUUCUAAGGGAAAGAGCGAGUACUCCGAAAAAAAAGAAUGGUUGA